GUGCCCCCUCUCCGUCAGAACCCGGAAAACUGCCUCCUCGCUCCUCGGCUGCGCCUGCCUGAGGCCAGGCCUGAGAGUCAACCUCCCGCAGCUCUUGACGGCUGCUCUAUUGGGAAGGCGCCUAAGAGGCGGCAACCCGACCCGGCUUCAUUUCCAGCUCGCUAGGGACAGCCACCUCCCGUUCGGAGGAGUCAGGACACCAGCUUGCUUGCCCUUCUGAGGCCAUAGUUCCAGGGAAGGAGUACACUCCUUGCCCUCUGUCCUGUGGAACAUUUGAAGAGCCAACAAAGGUCAAAGUGUCAGAACCACAGCCGGCAAGGCCAAAAGUGGCCCCAGACAUGAGGUCCACUAAGGAAGGUGAAAAUGCACCUUCCAAGUCAAGAGCUUCUCCCUCGGAUGUGCCUCAGGCUUCAGAGUCCAAUAUGGAAAAAAGCGUAUCCUUGGAAUCAAAGCUCACUGACAUGGAUUCAAACCUUGGGGCAUGGGACGUUGGUAUGCUGACCUGGUCUCCAUCAACCUGGAUUGCACAGGCUCAAGUCUCAGAGACUCGGAUGGCAAAGGCUCAGGCCUGGGAGACCCUUGCUUUGGCAAGAAUUACCUUACAACCCAAGCCCAGUGUCACAGAAUUAGCAACAGUAACAACCCUGAAACAGGAACCCUCAAAGUUGGUGAACAGGACGAGUAAGGAGAGCAGUGAAGGCUACCUUCCCCGGCAGCUCUGGGCCAGCAAGGUUGAGUACAUCCUGGCCAUCAUGGGCUACUUGAUGAUGCCAUCUGGAGUCCUGCGCUUUGUCUCAGGCUGGGUUCACAAAGGAAACUGCAGCUUCUUUAUAGCAUACAUCUUUAUGCUGUUGGGCAUUGGGAUUCCUCUUCUCUUCCUGGAGAUGGCGGUCGGUCAGAGGGCACAGCAGAGCAGUGUGGACAUGUGGAAGAACCUGAACCCCUGGUUUGGUGGAGUGGGGUACAGCAUGGUUAUGGUGUGCUUCAUCACUAACACCUACCUGAACGUGUUCAACUCCUGGAUCCUCUUCUACAUGAGCCACAUAUUCUACUUUGUUGUCCCAUGGGACCAGUGUCCCUUACAAAGGAAUUCCAGUAACUUUGAUCCUGAAUGUGAGCAGGCAACAUCCUACACGUACUUUUGGUACCGGCAGACCUUGAAAGCCUCAGACAGAAUUGAGGAUGGAGGGCAACCGUCCUUCAGCGUGGGCAUGUUUCUCUUUCUGUCCUGCUGUCUCAUUUGUGCUUUCUUGUUCAAUGGGAUCAAGUCCAUUGGGAAGAUCCUGUGUGUCUUGCUACUGGUUCCCUAUUGCAUCAUCGUCUGCUUCCUCAUCCGGACUCUGUCGAUGGACGGCGCAGAGUACGGGCUUAAGCAUCUGCUGAUCCUCAAGGUGGCGAGCAUCUCUGACUUAACUAUUUGGUGCCAUGCAGGUAUCCAGGUCUUGUUUGAUAUCGGCCUGGGCUUUGGCCCCAUUGUCUCCUUAGCCUCACACGUACCUGACUUCAACAACUGUAUGGCCGAUGCCUUCUUAAUGGCUCUGUUCAAGAUAAUCACCUUACUGAUGACCACACCCUUCCUCCUCUCCAUCCUGGGCUUCUGGGCCACUACAACUACACAUCACUGCUGUAAGAAGAACCAAGAGAAGCUUCUAAGGCUGAUAGCCCAGGGGAUCCUGCCGCCCGAGGCACAGCCCCCGGACCUGAGGGUCAACCCGACCUCCACCUACAAUUCCUGGCUCAGCAGCCUCCCCCCACCCUUGAGGAGCGCCAUUCUCAGCGUGGUGCCUGAAUGCAGCGUCCAGAAGCAGUUUCUGAAGAUUAAGGACAACCCUCGCUUCCUGUUCCUGAUCUUCACUGAGGUCAUCUCCCUGUUACCUGGGUCUGGCUUCUGGACUGUCCUCUUCUUCCUGUUGCUGCUGACGCUGGGCAUGUGUUCCAAUCUCAUGUUCAUGCUGGGCAACGUUUUGACACUCCAGGACACCUUCCCCUUCUGCAGGAGACAGCCGAGGUUGCUCACAGUGUGCGUUUCCAUGGUGAUGUUCUUGUGCGGCCUCAUCUUCAUCCAACCUUCAGGCAUCUACUACUAUUCACUGCUGAGUGAAUGCUGGGUAGCAGUGCCCAUCAUCAUCAUCAUCAUAUGCGAAAACCUUGCUGUAGCCUGGGCCUACGGGGCCGACAGGUUCCUUGCAGGCAUGGUGGCUCUGCUGGGCCGCCCCAUUUUCUCUGGCUGUGGCUGGCUGUGGUGCUACGUCUCUCCAAUGGUGGUGCUAGGCCUGUUAACGUCCGUCUUCGUAUACCUUGUCAAGGGGCCCCUUGUCUACUUUGCCUGGGACUCAAGCACUUCAAAAGAGGUGGUUCGUGUUUUCCCAGCAUGGUCCAAGAUCCUGAUUGCUGGGCUGACUGUCUUUGUCCUCAUGCCCAUCCCUGCAUACUUUGUAUACUGCCUCACCCUGGGGAUUCCCUUCAGAUCCACACCAUCCAGUAAGCUACCACUGGGCAGUGGCCAGAUCCAGUCUACAAAGGAGGCCUCAAAGGAUAUUCUACAAGACUACAAAACAGAGUCCUAAUGAGCCUGUCAGCAGAGCCCCCAACUUCCCUCAUCAGGCCAGACAUCUUGCAUCUCUUACAGCAGACCAAAGAGGCAGCUCUGAACAGCAGCUUAAAGCGAUCACCAGCCUAGAUUGCCUAGGGCAGCAGAGCUGUGGGGCCCCGCUGGCUUUGCAGCACAUUCCUGGCUGGGAUCUUCCAUUGCCAUACAGUGCAUCCCCGGACCCUCGCUUAGUGCACCGAGGUUAUCCUGCCAGCCCUGCUCCUGGUCUGAGAGUCUCCUGCACGGUGACGGGAAGGGUGGGGCUGCUGGCUAAUAAAUCAGUCACUGC